UGCGCUUGGAACCAACGCCGUGCAUCACCCGGUCCAGCAGGAGGCGCUGUGGUCAAUCAGCUGCUGUCAGCGCAAGACUUCCGCGCAUGCGCUAAGGCGUGCAAUCAUCACGUGCUCGCUUGUGCAGUCGUUGUAUUUAUCAAGCAAACACGUUCGCCUUUGUUUUGGUACUUUUAAACUAAAAAUGACUCAUUUAAUGUAAAUGUCCUGAUGGCAUCUCCUGCUGCUCGCAUGUUUCGAAGGUUAGAGGGUUUGUUUUGUGUCUACAAACCCCCUGGUAUUCCAUGGAAAGUCGUGAGGGACACCAUCGAGACCAAGCUCCUCAAAGGUUUGGAUGCUUUGCCACCGCUGCCUCUUCCUGAGCAGAUCCGCUUUUUGGCCCAACCAUGCAGCAACGCUUUGACGCCCAAGGGACUGUCAGCAUCCUCUGUCCCAGUCUUGUCCAAACACCCUCUGGUGACUGGGAGUGAAUUCAAGCGUAUUUCAGUCGGUGUAGGACAUCGCUUGGAUACAUUAUCUUCUGGUGUUAUGGUUCUCGGUGUUGGGAACGGAAACAAAGUGCUGAAUGGCCUUCACAGCCUGCAAGUAACAAGAGAUUACACAUUGGAGGGCGAGUUUGGCUCCGCUACUGAUGACUUCUCCCACACAGGACGUAUUGUGGAAAGAUCCACCUAUGAUCAUAUCACGCAAGAUAAGCUGGACAGAGUUUUGGCAAUGCUGCAAGGAGCAAAUCAGAAGGCUUUGUUAACGUACGCCAAUGUAGACAUGCGUUCCCAGGAAGCCUACGAGAUGGCUGUGCAAGGUAUACUUGGCCCAGAUGGGAAGUCACCGCCCAUUUUGAAGGGCCUGAGGUGCAUUCGCUUCCAGCCUCCAAACUUCACUCUGGAGGUACAAUGCCUAAACGAAACGCAGAAAUACCUCCGCAAAGUGGUGCACGAGAUCGGACUGGAGUUGCGCAGCACGGCCUUCUGCAAGGGAGUUCGCCGCACGAGAGAUGGCACUUUCACCCUGCAGGACGCUCUUACCCGCGACCGCUGGAAGCCCGCUGAUGUCUUAAGCGCCAUCCGACAGUACCACGCUGGUCACAGACAAGGGAAACAAGAGUACAAAUCCCAGGAGCAACAAGACGCUACCACCAGAGAAGAACUGCAGUCUAGAUGAAGCUUCUCUAAAGACGAAGGUAUACUGAAAAGUGGAUGUGACAAUCCUGGGAUCGGAACUUAAGAAGUACUUUUUGAUAUUGUUGUUCUGUUGGAGGCCUGAUGAUGCCAUCGCAGGACUAGUUGCUCUAAGGGAGGACACUGUUGGCUUUGUCUGUCUGGAAGUACGACCACAAGGACACACAUCAAAUAAAAGAACAAGAGACAGUUUGUAGUUUAUUAAGCAGUAACACAUUUAGUUUGCGACACAAAGAAGGUACAAUUUACACCAGAGUUUUAUUGCUAUGAAUUAUUCAGUGACCUGCAUCUGUAAUAUAGCCGCCACUAGGUGCUUUGUUUUAUCACUCUAUUUCAAAAUAUAUUGAUCUAAAAAAUCAUCACAUAUGUUUCACAUGACACUACUGUCUAUAUUAGUCAAAAAUAUUUAUAUUGAGCACAUUUUAGUCUCUAGGAAUUCAUGCAAACUCAACCAAUUCUGCGUAGUAUGUGCAACCAUGCAACUUUCCCCCAUAUUUUUCCAAAUCAGUGUAAUUUUUGCCAAUCAAAUGUCUUAGCGGCGCUCAAACGCGCACGUCAACUGUCUAGUCAAAACUUAUGUUUGUUUCUUGUGUAGAAGAAGUUGUUGAUCCAGGGUAAGCCAAGAACAUAUUUGCAAUGGGGACGUUGUUAAGAGACAGCAUUUACAUUUGUUAGAGAUGUUGACGUGUGAUGAUAUCUCAUUGGCUCUCAUUUACCAUGAACAUUUAGUGCUAUAGAUUGGUCUCAACGUGUGGAGUAAGUGUUGGACCGUGAACACAAUUUUAAGAUGGACAAACACCUAAAGCGGAACAAAAAAUAAAAUUGACAGAACAAGUGUAAGUUGCAGACACGACACAAAGGAAGCCUUUGGUGGUGUUUCUAUCUGUAAUUAUAAAUAAUGAAAGCAGUAUGAUAAUUUGACAAUGAGUUCUGAGUAUGUUUUUACUACCACUGGAUGUUUACUUUUAGGUCUGUGCUGUAAUAAAAUGAGUAAAACAUCAAUACCGUAUUUGUUUACAAUUUUGGUUGUAACCUUAACCUCAAAAACACAAGAUUGCAAGGAACACUUAAAAACAGCAAUAGUACAUUCAUAAAAUCACAAGUUGAUUCAAUGUUAUAAAAAAAAAAUGCCACAAAAGAUUGCAACUUUUGAGAAAGCUGCCACAUCAAAAUAGCCAAAUGUUACCUGUUUUUGAUCUAAAUUGAGCAUUCAAGCAUAGCAAUGGCUAAAUUAACUAAUCAUAAAUCUUAUGCUGUGCAAUAUAUUACAAUACCUAUCAUCAUUGAACAAUUUACUGUAUUUUAACAGGUUGUGGCUCGGUUAGUAGCGCGGCCGUGCCAGCAACUUAAGGGUUUCAGAUUCGAUCCCCGCUUUCGCCAUCCUAGUCACUUUUGUGCUCUUGUGCUUAACACUUUACCCACCUGCUCCCAGUGCCACCCACACUGGUUUAACUGUAGAUAAUGGGUUUCACUAUGUAAAGCGCUUUGAGUCUCUAGAGAAAAGCGCUAUAUAAAUAUUAUUCACUUCACAAUAAUUCACUUAAAAAAUGUAUUAUGAGUAUUACUGUACAAUAUGUCAUACAUAUUACAGUAUGUAUUUUAUAUCCACUAUUGGGUAAAACAAGUGUAAAUGUGACUAUAUGUGUGUUACUUCAUGUCGAGAGGACUCUAAUAGACGUUUUAUGCUCUAUGAAAAUAUUCAAUAAAUAAGAUUUUUUUUACAUCGCAGAAAUUCACAUACACAGUACAGGCCAAAAGUUUGGACACACCCUCUCAUUCAAUGGGUUUUCUUUAUUUUCAUGACUAUUUACAUUGUAGAUUGUCACUAAAGGCAUCAAAACUAUGAAUGAACACAUGUGGAUUUAUGUACUUAAAAAAAAAAGGUGGAAUAACUGAAAACAUGUUUUAUAUUCUAGUUUCUUCAAAAUAGCCACCCUUUGCUCUGAUUACUGUUUUGCACACUCUUGGCAUUCUCUCGAUGAGCUUCAAGAGGUGUCGUAGUUGUGAUGCCUUCAGUGACAAUCUACAAUGUAAUUAGUCAUGAAAAUAAAGAAAACACAUUGAAAUGAGGUGUGUCCAAACUUUUGGCCUGUAUUGUAGGUCUGGAAUUAAUAGCGAUAAACGAAGGAUGACUUCAUAUGCACACACAGUAGAAUAUUGUACAAAUACACGAUGGCCACAACAAUGGAAAGAACCGUUGAAAAUACCCAGGUUUUUAACUUUACGCCCUUUACCACAACAGAGGUCAUGAGGGCUCUAUAACAACUUAAACCUAGAAAGCCAGCUGGCUCAGAUAAGUUGGAGCCGCUCUUCCUAAAGUUGGCAGCUGAAAUUAUAGCAGGACCACUGACUCACAUUUUUAACCUUACUCUAAUUUCAAAUGAAAUCCCCUUGGAUUGGAAAUCUGCCUUUGUACUCCCCCUAUUAAAAGGAGGUGACCCUAGUAAUCUAAAUAAUUACAGACCGAUCUCUGAACUCUGUUCUGGCAAAAGUGCUUGAAUCCCUUGUCAGUGAACAGAUAAAAGAUUUUUUGGAGACCAACUUUAUUCUGUCACCAUUUCAGUCAGGUUUUCGCAAAAAUCACAGUACUGUUACCGCUGCUAUGAAGUUUAUAAACGAUGUAACUGAAGCUCUUGGCAAGAAGCAGUGCUGUCUGUCCCUCUUUAUUGACUUUUCAAAGGCAUUUGAUUAGGGCUGCAACAACUAAUCGAUUAAAAUCGAUUAUAAAAGUAGUUGGCGAUUAAUUUAGUCAUCGGUUCGUUGGAUCUAUGCUAUGCGCAUGUGCAGAGGCUCCUUUUUUUUUUUUAAACUGCAACAUUUACAUUUACAAACAGCUGAGAAACAAUAAUCAAAAGAAGCAUGGUGCCAGUAUGCUGGUUUUUUUUUCAAUACAAUAUUGGAAAGGAUAGAAAUGUAGUUUGUCUCUUUUAUCCAAAUAUUAAUCGAAGUAAUAAUCGACAGAUUAAUCGAUUAUCAAAUUAGUUGUUAGUUAGAGCCCUACAUUUGAUACUGUUGAUCAUGUAAUUUUUAUCAAACGUCUUUCAGCUAUUGGUUUUUCUCAGCAAGCAGUUGGAUGGUUUGCAAAUUACCUCACAAGUAGAACUCAGGCUGUUCAGAUAGAGGGUUCCUCCUCGAAUGUACUGCAAGUGAAAAAGGGUGUCCCUCAAGGUUCUGUGUUGGGCCCAUUAUUAUUCACUAUUUACAUAAAUAAUCUUGGACAGAAUAUUCCGAACUCAACUUUCCAUUUCUACGCUGAUGAUACUGUCAUAUACUGCACAGCACCCACUCCUACUGAUGCCUGGCUUUAAAUAUUUACAACAUGCAUUUGACAAAAGUACAAUAACAACUUUGCUAUCUUCAACUGCUUUUAAAUGCAGAGAAAACAAAGUGUAUGUUCUUUACCACAUCAAAAACUGUAAGAUAAGCACUGUGUGAGAACAUUUUAACAAGAAAUGGGCAACACAUUGCGUUAGUAUCUUCUUUUAAAUAUUUCGGAUUUUGGAUUGAUCACCACUUGAGUUUUAAGGAG